CUAACAACAGCGGGCAGCACAGCCAGUUAGCAGCUGGCCAACGUGAAGCUAAAGUUAACGUGAUGUCGACAGCCUCCAGGGUCGUUCUGGGAGUUUCUGUGGUUCUGACUUUGAGCACCGUGGCUGCAGUUCACCUCAAACAGACCUGGGACAGGCAGCGUCUUCACGAAGGUGUAAUCAGAGAUCUGGAGCGGUUGGAGCGGAAGAAGGAGAAUCUGAGGCUGCUGGAGGAGCAGAGGGCUCUGACCAGACAGCUGGAGGCGGAGAGACAACGCAGAGAGACAGAGCUCCACCCACAGGACCAGUGA